AUGGUAAUAUCAGCCAGUUCAAUUGAAUCUUUGAAGAAACAUUGUCAAGAAUUAUCAAAUUACUCAACUGUAAAUACAACUGUUCUAAUAAGUGCAGAUUUUGGAUGUGAGUUAGAACUGAUUGCCCUCGAAUAUUUCAAGAAUAGGUGCAAAUGCGUCUUAUCCAUAUUAUGUGAGGUUGAAUGCCGGAGACUGUACCCUGGCUCAUAUAUUAUUUUAAACGAGGAUCAUUGCAUAUUGUAUUUUGGUUCAACAUACUUAGCAAAACAUUAUAGAGGAGAUAGAGCAAUUCAAAAAAAUUAUAACAAUGUCCACGUUGAGUUGACAAAGGAUUCAAACACAUUAAAUAUAAUCAAACAUGUUAAGCACACUAAAUGGAUAAAAACUAUUAUGCUGGAAAAUCCCAAAGAUAUGGCUUUGAAAACGUGGGAGAAUGUUUUCCCAAAAAUUUCAUUAAAUAUUCUAUCAAUCAUAUUCAAUAGAACAGAUUAUGAAAAACUUUUACAGGACAAGCCCAGUAGAGAUUUAUUUAGGGAUCUUGUCCAUGAAUUGGUUGAUAUCUGUUAUAAACAAUGUCAGGCUAAACUUUAUUUUAAUGGGGAAGCUCCUUAUGACAAAAAGAAAAACUCAAUUAAUUCCGAUGCAAUUAUUAAACACUAUAAACAAUUAAAGUUAGACAUAAAAAGCUCGGUAAUUGGAAAAGAAUCUUUAGAGCUUUCAUUGCCAUUCGAGGUAUACUGUUUCUACAACAAAAUUGAAUACCCUGUAGAUCUUCUAUUCUAUCAAACUAUUUUUUUGGCAAAGAAAUUUGGGAUACCACACAAAAAGCUAUUAUAUUUAUUUGAAUUAUAUUCCAAUUUGACAACCACUGAACACUUCCCUAAAAAAAUAAUAAACUUUGAAGAACCGACAUCUGUGCCACUAGUUCAAUCAAACAUGGAACUUCGUAGUACAGCAGCUAAUUCUAAAAAGAGCCAGUCCCGAAACCCCAAUAGAAAUUAUCAUAUUAUACCUGGAGAAGACACUGACGGACAUCACUUUCAAAAUGAACCAAACUAUGUUUCAACAACUUUAUUAUCAUCUGAAUUAAAGAAUUUAUACCUGGGUGCCGAGAAAAUAUCUAGUUUUGAUUCACCCCAAGAAAAAAGUCUAGAAGAUGGAAAACGGCUGUAUCCCAAUAUUAAGACAAAUAACAACACUGAUUAUUAUACUGCUGCAGUUACCGAAACAAGUUUCAACAUUGCACACACUAACCAAAAUAGUACUUUUAACAAUGGCAUAGCUAAUCCAAACCAAACUAGAAGAAAAUCAAUAACUGGGUUUGAUGUUAAAGCAAUUCCACAUUUUAUUAAAAGGAAACUAUCAUUUAAAAAGGAGUCUAUGGAUAAUGAAGAUCAAGUUAGGAACCCAAGAGUCCAUAUUCCAAGGAAUUCAGUUCAAACUGAGAGAAAAAAACAACCUUAUGAUAAUUAUGACACUCCCUUUUAUGCAAUACAAAAUAACUCUACUUCUGAUCCUUUUGAUAUACCCAAAGAUGAAGAUUUAGCUUACUUUUCGUCUGACCCUAAAUCAUGGAGAAGCAUCCUACAAAAAAGGACCCAUUCGACCCCUGUCCCUCGACAUAAGUGGGGAACAAAUGAAGAUAUAAAUAAUACAAGAGAAAUAUUGAAUAGAGCCAAUAUUGGAAACAUUUUAUCCCUGACGUCAAGUAAUUAUGAGCAAACAAUGGAUUUAACUGUUCCUUUAAGAGACGGCCGGGGUAGUUACCAUAAUUUUUCUUCUAGAAAGCUAACGACUCGAUCACACAGAGAGGGGGAAAAAGAAUAA